AUAUAGUUGCUUUACUCCGGCAAGAUUCUGUCUGUAGGCGAACAACAAUGAAGAGACGACUGUGAAGGAAUUCCAGUUUUGUGUUUGGUUCUUGGAUGUGGAUUCAUUUCAGAAACCCAAAGCGCUCUCUCUCUCUCUCUUUCUCUCUCUCCCACUUCAAACAGGCCAGUUUUUCGUCAUGAUGUCACCCCAGGAGGUGCUACAGAGUGGAACCCAGCGGUCAAUUGCGCCUCGGACUCACCCUUAUUCCCCGAAGUCAGAAGCUCCACGGACAACGCGGGACGAGAAGCGUCGGGCACAGCACAACGAAGUGGAACGCCGGCGCAGGGACAAGAUCAACAAUUGGAUUGUGCAGCUGUCCAAGAUCAUUCCGGACUGUUCGAUGGAGAACACCAAAUCUGGACAG